AGCGUGACGUUUGUUUAAGUGUUUCAGGUACAACAAGAAUCCAUUAAGAUUCGGUACUCAAGAAUGAAGUCGAAACACCAAAACUAGCGUAGAAUAUAGGUAGAAACCGAUGUAAGAAUAUGACUUUAUAUACCUAUAUUCACAAGCUCAAAUGCACUCACAAAAUAUGUUUAAAACCAUCCCAUAAACAUUUUCAAAUAUCCAAAAGGUUUUAAACUCAAACACGAAGGAUUACGGGAAUUUUGGAAAAAUCAGGACAGUGGCACGGUAUCCCCAGACGGUAGGGUAUACCGCCACACGGUACCCAUAUACCGUGAGACGGUACCCAGGUUUGUCUUCGGAAGACAAGAGGAAGCUAUCAAUGAAUGCAAAAGCAAUAAAUAUUUUGCAUUGCUCUCUUGGUCCCGACGAAUUCGCACGUGUUUGCUCUUGCAAAACGGCCAAAGAGGUAUGGGAUCUACUUCAAGCUACACAUGAAGGAGACACCUCAACAAAACAAACCAUGCUAGCCCUUGGGAAUUCAGAAUAUGAAUCUUUCAAGAAAGGGCCAUGUGAGACAAUCCAAGAUAUGAACAAAAGAUUCAAUGAGAUUGUCAACAAAUUGAGUAAGUUGGGUAAGACAAAUACUACUUCCGAGCUUAAUACAAAAAUUCUAUUUUCUUUAACUAAAGAAUGGCAUAGUAGUAUAGUAGAUUUAUUACCCAAAUGUGAUAAGGCCGAAACCGCCCACAUUUGGUCUUCCUUAUAUUCUCACGAGCUUUUGUUGAGAAAGAUCAAAGAGGAAGAAAUGCGUGAAAAUCCCAAGCUUACAAAUGCCUUCAAAGCUUCAAAAGAUUCAUCUAGUGAAGAAUCAAGUGAAUCAAGUGAUGAUUCAAGCGACUCAAGCUCUACGGAAGAGUCGGAUGAUGAAGAAGACGAAGAGAAGGCAAUAAGAAAGAAGUAUACGGAUUUCCUCAAAUGGAAGAAGUAUGUCAAGAGGAAGGAAGUAUAUCCAAAGCCGAAGAAAGAGCGGCAUAAGCCAAGGGGGAGCUUGCUUGCUUCAUUAUUUUACUUCCGCCUAACUCACUUUAAAGUAUAUUGUUUGUAAACAUAAAAAAGGGGGAGAUUGUUAGCCUUGGUUUGCUAAGCCUCAUGUUUUGAUGUUAACAAACAAUAUAAGAGCUUGACGUUUGUUUAAGUGUUUCAGGUACAACAAGAAUCCAUUAAGAUUCGGUACUCAAGAAUGAAGUCGAAACACCAAAACUAGCGUAGAAUAUAGGUAGAAACCGAUGUAAGAAUAUGACUUUAUAUACCUAUAUUCACAAGCUCAAAUGCACUCACAAAAUAUGUUUAAAACCAUCCCAUAAACAUUUUCAAAUAUCCAAAAGGUUUUAAACUCAAACACGAAGGAUUACGGGAAUUUUGGAAAAAUCAGGACAGUGGCACGGUACCCCCAGACGGUAGGGUAUACCGC